AUGUAUGGAAUGUUCAGAAAGCGAUCAAAUGAUUCAUCACAUAAUAAUGAAUCUACUGAAGAAGAAUUGGUUGAAAGAUUUACAAAAUUAUUUGGUCAUAAACCAAAUCACAAUUCUCCUCCUCCCGUAAAGAAUAUAACGAAAACAAUUAAUUCGAUAAUAGACUUGACUAAUUCAACCAUUGCUACUUCAAAUAAUAAUUCCUCAAACGUUACUUCGAACGUUUCCUUGACAUCAAAUUUAGCCAAUGUCCAAUAUGAAUUACCUAAAUUUGAUGAAGAAAUUGAAAAUGUCUUAGCAGACAAGGAAUUAUCAAAUGUAGACUUUGAUGAAAAUGUUGAUACGGAAACGGAAAAUUUGAUUAAAGAAAUACAAGAUGAAGUAGAAUUAGAAUCGAAAAAUGAAGAAAACUUAAAAGAGGAUUAUAGUGAGAUAGAAAGAAGAUAUAAUCAAUUGAAAGAAUUUAAUAUUUCCAAUGCACAAUCCCAAGAGGCAACCAAGAAUGAUGAAAAGAUUAUUAAUGUUGAUAAUUUAGGGCCUCCGCCUAAACCAAUUGAUUUGUCAGACUUUGGAUUGAAUGAAGAAGGUCCUGAUACUUGGUGUUGUAUUUGUAACGAGGAUGCUACUAUAAGAUGUAAAGACUGUGAUGGAGACUUGUAUUGUCAAUCAUGUUUUAAUGAUGGGCAUUUCGGACCCGAUUCAGAUAAUGAUAUGAAACAACAUAUAUACGAUAAGUAUGAGAGAAAUGUAAUAGAAUCGUAA